GAUACUCUCUCACUUCUUGAAAUCUUUGAACAAGCCACAAACCGCCUUUCAGCAUCAUUGUAUUCAGCUAUGGGAAAAGAAGGCUUCACACAGAGUGAAAUGGUGGCAUCAAUAUUUCAAAAAAUUGAAGAGUAUUGGCAAAUUAUGAAUA